AUGCCUCAACACCCCAAACACACCUCGCAGAUUGCCAUUCUCGGCGCUGGCGAUGUUGGAGCUACCAUUGCCUACUCACUUAUCAUGAACCCAGCAGCAGGUGAUAUCCUCAUGGUUGAUCCCAAGGAAGAAGUAAGAGACGCACAGGUGCAGGAUUUGUCCGAUGCCACCUUCCACGGCAACACCAGCACGCGGAUCAGAGCAGGAACCCACGAAGAAGCCGGUCAAUGCGAUAUUGUUGUCAUUGCCGCCGGCGCAAAGCAGAAGAAGGGUGAGCCUCAGACGCAUUUACAAGUCACUCAUAACGAAAUCGCAAGCCUAACCCACACAGGCGAAAGCAGAACCGACCUAAUCGGCCGCAAUAAAGCCAUCCUCGAAUCCGCAAUAUCAGACAUGAAGACCUUCCGCGCAGACACCGUCCUCCUCAUCGUCGCCAACCCCGUCGACAUCCUCACCUUCUUCGCGCAAAAGUUUUCUGGUCUUCCCAAACAGCAAGUCAUCGGCUCCGGCACCUUUCUCGAUUCGGCGCGUCUCCGCGGUAUCCUCGCGUCAAAAGCCGAAGUAGCUGCUAGCAGCAUCGAAGCAUACGUUCUCGGCGAGCACGGCGAAUCACAAUUCGUGGCAUGGAGUCUCGCGUCGAUCGGCGGUGUUGCGCUGGAGAAGGCGAUGCCUAGUGACACAAAGGGGAUUGAUAAGGAGGCCAUUGAAGAAGAGACGAGAAACAAAGCGAGUAGCAUCAUUCAGAACAAGGGAGCGACAAACUAUGGGAUCGGCGGUGUGGCGGCGAGUAUCUGCAAGAGUGUGCUUUUCGAUGAGAAGAUCAUACGGCCUGUGAGCUGUUGGCAGGCGGGUUUGGGCGUUUGCCUCAGUGUGCCGGUUGUGUUGGGGCGGAAGGGCGUGGUGAGGGUCUUGGAUGUGAAACUCAAUGAUGAGGAGAAGGGCAAGUUGGAGAAGAGUGCAAAGGCUUUGAGGGAGGUUAUUGAGGCGUAG